AUGCACAAGCGCUCCAAAUCUUGCGAGCCGUACAGCAAGAUGGAGGAGCACGCCGGGUGCAGCAGUGGCGCGACGUCGUGCGACGACUCCGCCACCGCCGCCGGCAGGGCGCCGUCCUCGGCGGCCGUGGCGCAGUGCUCCACGGUGACGGUGUACCUCGCCAAGAUCAGCGGCGCCCCGCGCCUCGUCACCGCCGUCUGGAACAAGAACCUCAUCAACCAGUCCUUCACCGUCUCCAUCGACCGGCCCGACGACGACGACGGGGCGGCGUCCCACAAGGUGGAGCUGAAGCCGUGGCCGUUCUGGAGCAAGAAGGGCAGCAAGGCGCUCGACGUCGGCGGCGGCGACCGCGUCGACAUGUUCUGGGACCUCCGGAGCGCCAAGUUCGCGGCUUGCAGCAGCCCGGAGCCCGCCGGCGGCUACUACGUCGCGCUGGUGAGCAACGACGAGGUCGUCCUCCUGCUCGGCGACUCCAAGAAGGACGCGUACAAGCGGACCAAGGCCCGGCCGUCGCUUGAGGACCCCGUGCUGGUGUGCCGCCGGGAGAGCGUGUUCGGCCGCCGCAGCUUCUCCGCGCGCGCGCGGCUCGACGCCAGGAGGAGCAAGGAGCACGACAUCGUCAUCGAGUGCUCGCCCGCCGCCGGUACCAUCAGGGACCCGGAGAUGUGGGUCACGGUGGACGGCUUCGUGCUGCUGCACGUCAAGAACCUGCAGUGGAAGUUCCGGGGCAACGAGACGGUGCUCGUCGACCAGGCGCCGGUGCAGGUAAUCUGGGACGUGCACGACUGGCUCUUCGCCGGACCGGGCUCGCAGGCAGCCUUCGUCUUCAAGCCCGGCGUGCCACCGGAGAUCCAAGAGGACAGCGGAGGGAAUGGCAUCCAGAGUGAAGGGACUGACUUCUGUUUCUUCCUUCAGGCAUGGAGGACGGAAUGA